UGUGUUUGUCGCUUCGAUCGUCAGGGUGCCCUCUGUGAAACACCCAUCAUCAUCAAGAAUGCAGCUUUCUCUGGCGAUUCAUAUGUCUCACAUCGCAUUCACAAGGACAUUCAACAUCACGACUCAUUGGAUACCGUUCUACCGAUGCAUGUCCAGCUCAAAGUACGAACACGUGCCACAAAUGGUCUCAUCAUGCUGGCAGCCGCUCAGGGUACAAAGGGCGGUCACUAUAUGGCACUGUUCCUGCAAAAGGGUCUACUGCAAUUCCAAUUUUCAUGCGGUCUACAAACGAUGCUGUUAAGUGAACUUGAGACACCGGUGAAUACAGGUCACGAGAUAACCAUACGUGCUGAAUUGGAUUUCAGCCGAAAUUAUACCCAUUGCAAUGCCUCCCUCCUGGUCAACGACACUUUGGCCAUGUCUGGUGACCAACCUACAUGGUUGAAGCUGUUACCACCUCGUAUGCACACACCGGAAACCAUACUAAACACUUGGUUACAUUUGGGAGGUGCACCACAAGCACCAAUUGGUUUGAUAAUUGAAUUACCACCAUCGCAGAGUGGCACCGGUUUUACGGGCUGCUUGCAUUCACUAAAAAUCAACGAGGAUAGUCGAGAGAUAUUUGGAGAUGCAUUGGACGGGUUCGGUAUCACGGAAUGCGGUUCACUGGCCUGCCUAUCCAGCCCUUGCCGCAAUGGUGCCGCUUGCAUUAAAAUCGAAACCAAUGAAAUUGAUGAGAAUGGUGACAAGGUGGAAAAAUGGAAAUGUAAAUGCCCGUCUGGUUACAUGGGUCCCACCUGUGAGAUAUCGGUGUGCGAAGACAAUCCCUGUCAAUAUGGUGGAACUUGUGUACAAUUUCCGGGUAGCGGUUAUCUAUGUUUGUGUCCUUUGGGUAAACAUGGACACUAUUGUGAACACAACCUGGAAGUGGCUCUGCCCUCAUUCUCGGGCAGUGUCAAUGGCCUCUCUUCUUUUGUGGCCUACACCGUGCCCAUACCGCUGGAAUAUUCCAUGGAAUUGAGUUUCAAGAUUUUACCACAGACCAUGUCGCAAAUAGCUCUGCUGGCCUUUUUGGGCCAACCGGGCUAUCACGAUGAAAAGAGCGAUCAUUUGGCCAUUAGUUUUAUACAGGGCUAUAUUAUGCUCACCUGGAAUUUGGGUGCCGGACCACGUAGAAUCUUCACCCAAAAGCCAAUCGAUUUCCGUUUGGACGCACCACGGGUGCCCUAUGAAAUUAAAGUCGGACGCAUUGGGCGCCAAGCAUGGCUAUCCGUCGAUGGUAAAUUUAAUAUCACUGGACGUUCGCCGGGCAGUGUCAGUCGCAUGGAUGUCUUGCCGAUUUUAUAUUUGGGUGGUCAUGAGAUUGCCAAUUUCAAUACCCUGCCGCAUGACUUGCCACUGCAUUCAGGAUUCCAAGGCUGCAUUUACGAUGUCCAUUUGAAGGCCGGUCAGGUUACAGUGCCACUGCAGGAGACACGCGGCGUACGGGGUCGUGGUGUGGGCCAAUGUGGUACACGAGAAUGUCAUCGACAUGCAUGUCAGCAUGAUGGUGCAUGUCUUCAGCAUGGAGCGACAUUUACCUGCAUAUGCCAGGAGGGAUGGUAUGGCCCAUUGUGUGCCCAACCCACAAAUCCUUGUGACUCAUUUAACAAUAAAUGUUCCGAAGAAUCGACAUGUGUGCCUUUGGUCAACGGUUACGAAUGUGACUGUCCGGUGGGUCAAACGGGCAAAAAUUGUGAAGAAGAAAUCCAUUCCCUUAGCGAUGUCAGUUUAACAGGAAGGAGAUCCUACCUGGCAGUAAGAUGGCCAUACCUAUACGACAACAGCGAUAAAAUGGGUGCAAAACGUUCACAAAUCAUCAGCUAUCGUAACUUUACAAAGAAAUUAAUGCCACCAAAACCCAUUGCGUCAUCGAAUCAACAUUUCGUCAUGAAACUACUGAAUGAAGUUGAAAAGCAGAGGAAUUUCUCCCCUGUACCUCUGAUGGGUUCCAAAUCCUUUGAAGAACAUCAUCGUGUGCAAUUCUUCUUUAUUGAAUUCCAAUUGCGACCGCUGUCGGAACGAGGUCUUCUUCUAUAUUUUGGUAGCCUCAAUAAAAAUAUGGAUAAGAAAAUCGGAUUUGUUUCGCUCUCUCUGCAAGGUGGUGUGGUGGAAUUCCGUAUCUCUGGUCCAAGUAAUCAUGUUACUGUGGUACGAAGUGUUCGUAUGUUGGCUAUUGGUGAAUGGCAUAAAAUUAAAAUGGCACAACGUGGCCGAUGGCUGACCCUGUGGGUUGAGGGUAGUGCCUCAUCGGCAUUGGCUCCGAGUGCAGAGGUUUUGGUAGAACCUGAUGCCCUGCUAUAUGUUGGAGGUUUGAAAGAUUUGUCGAAAUUGCCGCAUAAUGCCAUAUCCGGUUUCCCUGUACCAUUCCGUGGCUGUGUUCGAGGUUUGGUCGUGAGCGGUACAAGAAUUGUCCUGAAUGAAACGAAUAUUAUUGAAUCCCGUAACAUCCGCGAUUGUGAUGGCACUGCCUGUGGUGGUGAUUCCUGUGAGGCUGGUGGCCAUUGCUGGCUCGACGAGAAGUUACAACCUCACUGCAUUUGCCCCGAAUAUGCAAAGGGUGAUCGUUGUGAAUACUCGGAAACUUGUAAGCUGAUACCUUGUAAAAAUAAUGGCCGCUGCCUGCGAAGUGGUAGAUGUUCAUGCCCGAACGGCUGGGGUGGAUUCUAUUGUGAAAUUGCUCUCAGCAAACCAACAACACCCAGCUUCCGUGGCAAUAGUUAUUUGAUCUUACCACCACCACGUAUACCCAUGAAAGAUAAACGAAAGGGACCCUCCAUGUUUGUCCGACCACGUGAAGCAAUACAAAUUUCAUUGAAUUUCUCCACCAUAGAACCCGAUGGUUUGCUGCUAUGGAGUGAACAUGAUCGUCAGAAAUUCUUAGGGCUCGGUUUAGAAAAUGGUCAUUUAAAAAUAGCCAGUAAUCUACUCGGUUCCGAUAAUGAUACCGUAUCAACACCAUCGAGUGGCUUCAUAACUGAUGGUAGCUGGCACAUGGCACGAAUUGUUGUCGAUCGAUCACAUCUUGAAUUACAAUUGGAUGGCGAAGUGAUAUUUACAGAGAAAUUGGCGCCACAGGAAUUAAUGCAAUUGUCGUCGGUAAGCAGCACAACAUCACCGCAUAGAACGAGAUCGAGAAAUUCAUUGCUGGCGCGAAGGGGCAAAGAGCCGACGAUAACCUAUGAAGAUUUAUUCUAUUUGGGUGGUUUUCCGAACAUGGAAUCGGUGAGUAAACGUACCCAAGGCCGUUAUGAUCAACCCUUCAAAGGUUGCCUCCAGGAUAUACAAUUUGGAGCUGAGCCAAAUGCAUUGAUAAAAGAUUUCUCAACAUAUCAAGGUGAAAAUAUUGGCUCGUGUGAUCUCCAUGGCGACGAACCCAUAGUUGUGUAGAAACUUUAUACAAAAACAAA